AUGCCCUUUGGUCAGCUCGUGCUAGGCAGCCCUGGGGCUGGCAAGAGCACCUACUGCGAUGGAAUGCACCAGUUCCUAGGCGCCAUCGGUAGAGCGUGCUCAGUUGUCAACCUCGACCCUGCUAAUGACCAUACCAAUUACCCUUGCGCGAUCGACAUUCGGGACCUAGUGAAGCUGGAGGAGGCGAUGGCGGACGACAAGCUAGGCCCCAAUGGCGCCAUGCUCUACGCUCUUGAAGAACUGGAGAACAAUUUCGAGUGGUUAGAAGAAGGCUUGAAGGAGCUGGGCGAAGACUACGUUUUGUUCGAUUGUCCUGGCCAGGUCGAGCUCUACACGCACCAUCCGUCUCUGCGCAAGAUUUUCUUCAAAAUCCAAAAACUUGGGUAUAGGGCACGGUGA